AUUUAUUUAAUUGUGAUAUUAAGAUAUCAGUAUUAAUGUGCAAAAUUAUACAUAUUCAUAUUGCAAAUCAUAAUCAAUCAUUACUUUACAAUGAAUUCUAAAGCUAUAUUGGCAAUAAUAUUCGUUUUUGUUGGUUGUUGCAGCAAUGUUGUUUUCCUAGAAUUGUUGGUAAAAGAAGACCCAGGUGCUGGUAACUUGAUUACAUUUCUUCAAUUUGCCUUCAUUGCACUACAAGGAUUUAUAUUUACCUCAAAAUGUGGAACCAAAAAACCUAGCAUUGGCAUGAAAGACUACAGUAUUUUAGUUAUAAUGUUCUUCUUUACAAAUGUUUGCAACAAUUACGCGUUUGAUUUUAAUAUUCCUAUGCCUCUACAUAUGAUAUUUAGAGCGGGAUCUUUAAUAGCAAAUAUGAUCAUGGGAAUAAUAAUCCUGAAAAAAAGAUACAACUUAUCAAAAUAUGUUUCUGUUAUAAUGAUAACCUCAGGAAUAAUUGCAUGCACAAUAGUUUCCGGAAGUGAUGUGGUAAGUUUGAUAAACGAAUAUUAG